UCCUCUCCUCUCUCCGCCACAACAACCGCUAUGUCAUCGAAGGACUGCGGCCACCAUGGCCACAGCAAGUGGAAGAAGAGAAUCCGCCGCGGCUGCGCCGGCCUCCUAAUCUUCAACUUCAUCCUCCUCGUCACAAUUCUCAUCGUGUGGGCUAUCCUCCAGCCUUCCAAGCCCCGCUUCGUCCUCCAAGACGUCACUGUCUUCAACUUCAACACCUCCGUCCCCAACGUCUUCUCCUCCAGCUUCCAGGUCACCAUCUCCUCCCGAAACCCUAACGACAAGCUCGGCAUCUACUACGACAAGCUUGACGUCUACGCCACGUACCGUUCGCAGCAGAUCACGUUCUCGACGCUCAUCCCGCCGGUGUACCAAGGCCACAAGGACGUCAACAUCUGGUCGCCGUUUAUCUACGGCACCGAGGUCCCCAUCGCUCCGUACAACUCCAUCGCUCUCGGGCAGGACCAGAGUGCCGGGUCGGUUCUUUUGCUCAUCAAGAUAGACGGCCGGGUCAGGUUUAAGGUCGGCACCUUCAUAACCGGACGGUACCAUUUGUACGUCCGGUGCCCUGCUUUUAUCCCUCUGGGUUCCCAGACCACCGGAAUUGUGGUCGGUAAUAACGCCGUCAAGUACCAGCUGGUGCAGCGCUGCAGUGUGAGCGUAUGAAGAAAUUGGAGGCAAAAAUUGAUGUUGCCCUUAAUUGUUGGUCCAACGCCGUUAGUUGAGUUCCUUUUUCUCAUGUUUUUAUUUUAUUUUAGCUUUUUUUAAUUUCUGUCUUUUGUAUUUGGAUAAUUACAUAUAUACGUUGGGCUUGGAAUUGUACAUUUUGCUAUAGAAUAAGCAUGGAGGAUUUUAUGAAA